GGUGGGAUUCUUGGGGAUCAGAGUGUAUCCGGGUGAGCAUUUGGAAAUAAAGUUCAAAAUUCCUCAGACUUGUCCAUUACAUUAUGUCAGCUGUCAAUGAUACCAAAUUCAAAGUGUUCCUUCUCACUGGGAUACCUGGGCAGGAAGACAUCCAUCCCUGGAUUUCUAUCCCCUUCUGUUUAAUGUAUGUUAUUUCGAUAGUAGGAAAUUCAGUCAUUCUGUUCAUUAUAAAAACAGAUCCAAGCGUCCAUGAGCCUAUGUACAUUUUCCUUUCCAUGUUGGCCAUCACAGACCUUGGCAUAUCGAUAGUCACAAUACCGACGACACUGGGCAUAUUCUGGUUUAAUUCUAGGGAGAUCAGCCUCGAUGCCUGUUUUGCCCAGCUGUUCUUCAUCCACUCACUUCAAUGCAUUGAAUCCUCCAUGCUCUUGUUGAUGGCCUUUGACCGUUUUCUUGCAAUCCGUGACCCUCUGAGAUAUGCCUCCAUCUUAACCUUGCCGAGAAUAGCCAAGAUGGGACUGGUGUGUGUUCUAAGAGGGGUGGCCAUAAUACUCCCACUCCCCCUUCUCCUGAAACGGUUCAGGUACUGUCGAGCCAAUGUCCUGUCCCAUUCCUACUGCGUGCACCAGGACGUCAUGAAGAUGGCUUGUUCAGAUAUCUCAAUCAACAGCAUCUAUGGCUUGUUUACUACACUCUUAACGGUGGGGUUGGACUCACUGGUCAUAUUCCUCUCUUAUAUGAUGAUCCUCAAAACAGUGCUGAGCAUCGCAUCCACUGUGGAGUAUGUCAAGGCCCUGAACACCUGCGUCUCCCACCUCUGCGCUGUCCUGCUCUUCUACACACCAAUGAUCGGCCUGUCUGUGAUACACAGAUUCGGGAAGGGCUCUCCUCCCUUGCUUCAGAUUCUCCUGGGCUACAUCUACCUGCUGGUUCCACCCCUGAUGAACCCAAUUGUGUACAGUGUGAAGAGCAAACACCUUCGUGCGAGGAUAAUCAGAGUGUUCAUCAAGUGA